CCAUUUGCCACAAACACAACUCGCCUUCAUUCUCAGCGAGCCAAUCAAAUGCUCCUCGUCAAACUGCUGAACUUCCCGUAUUCCCAAAAAACACGUUGCUAGUCUUAACAAACCCGUAAAAUAGUUUUAAAAUUCACAAUUUCGGACAAUUAUGACAGCUCCAAGUGAAAACACCCUUUUCGGGAUGGGCAAUCCCCUGCUGGACAUUUCUGCAGUGGUCGACAAAGACUUCCUCGAUAAGUACGGACUGAAGCCCAAUGACCAGAUCCUUGCUGAGGACAAACACAAGGCCUUGUUUGAAGAAAUUGUCAAGAGGAGGGAAGUUGAAUAUCACGCCGGCGGCUCUACGCAGAACUCUGUGAAAAUUGCCCAGUGGAUGAUCCAGAAACCCCACAAGGUGGCGACCUUCUUCGGCUGCAUCGGCACCGACCGUUUCGGCGAGAUCCUGAAGAAGAAGGCGGAGGAGGCGCACGUGGACGCCCGCUACUACGAGCAGAGCGAGGAGCCCACCGGCACCUGCGCCGCCUGCAUCACCGGCGACAACCGGUCCUUGGUGGCCAACCUGGCUGCAGCGCAAUGCUACAAGAAGGAGCAACACCUGGACCUGGACAGCAACUGGGAGCUGGCCACCAAAGCCAAGGUCUACUACAUCGCAGGCUUUUUCCUGACCGUGUCCCCGGCGUCCAUGAUGAAGGUGGCCAAGCACGCCUCGGAAAACAACAAACUCUUCUGCAUGAACCUGUCGGCGCCUUUCAUCUGUCAGUUUUACAACGCCGCCAUGAUGGAGCUCAUGCCGUUCGUGGACAUCCUGUUUGGCAAUGAGACGGAGGCGGCCGCAUUCGGAGCGCAGUUGGGCUUCCAGACGGACGACAUUGGCGAAAUCGCCAGGCUGACCAAAAACCUGCCCAAGGACAACUUAACCAGGCCGAGGGUGGUGGUCUUCACGCAGGGCAAGGACGACACCGUGGCGACCACCGGUGACAAGGUGACGAUGUUCCCUGUACUGGACAUUGACCAGAACCACAUUGUGGACACAAACGGAGCUGGAGACGCCUUUGUCGGAGGGUUCCUGUCGGCGUUGGUCCAGGAGCAUCCCCUGGAGGAGUGCAUCCGAGCGGGACACUAUGCCGCCAACGUCAUCAUCCGACGAGUAGGCUGCACCUUCCCGGAACAGCCCGACUUUCACUAGACGCAUCUCGCACCUUCCCACAAACGCAUUCGUACGCACGCGUGCCUCGGCAUUUUAUGUACGUUGUUUUUUGUUGGGUUUUUUUCUACUCACAGUGACCAUCCCGGAAGCAAGAGCUCAUCAACGUCUGUUUUUACCAGUGUCAACCAAAUGGCACUUUCUCUUCAAACUUUUUACUGUACUGUACUUGGUAUCAGGCCAAAACAUUAAGUAGACCCGCGCGAUGCGCAUAUAUCAACAUCGGUACCUUUUGAAAUGGCAUUAUUGAGAAUUUCACCUCAUUUGAUUUUGAUGUCAUUUCUUAGUCAGAGAUUCAGUGUUAGGAGAAAAUUGUGUGUUUUAAUACUUUGAGGAAUUUUAAUGACAAUUACUCUCAUUUGACUGUUUCUCUGCCGUUGGUCAUUACAGACGUCAAAAAUCAAUUUGGGUUGGCAGCGAGUUAGUUAACAAACAUGGUUAAAAAUACAUUUUUAGUUGAUAAAUAAAAUGAAGUUCAGUUAACCUCAUUAAUAAUUCAUGUUUGACAUCUCAAUGAAUUUACCAGAUGUAGUAUUGUUACUUAUGAAUGGAAAAUAAGCGGAACAGUUUCUGUUCAUUUUAAUUAAAAAAAUAAAUAAAUACAUACACACAUUUUAUAUUGCUCCUCCUAUGUUACUCCUCAGUGUUGUCAAUCAAGAUGAUGGGUCCUGUCAACAACAACAACCAAAAAACUACCUGCUUCUUUCACACAGAUGCGCCCUGAAAGAAAUGGGGGUUUUGGGGGUGUUUGCGCAUUUGUGAUUGGGCAAGAUGUCCACUCACAUGGCAGCUGGCCGCUUGGCCUCCCUCAAGAUGACAGAUGGCAAAAGACAAACACAAAAAAAAGGAGGCAGACAUGAUGAAGUCAUGACAAUGGAAGGGAAAGUACCUUGUUUUCUCCACGCCUCUCUCACUUUCUCCUUUUUCGCCUCGCUCCAUUAACCUCAUGUGGAAACACAAGCAGUGGAGUCAUUGCUGUUAUGUCCGUAUUACAAUCAAUUCUACCAUCGUUUACCCGAAUGAUUUACAGCUCUAAUUGCCAAUUGUGCAAUGCUUGUAUUUGCAAUCAAAAAACAUGUAACAAAACAUCGGUUGGUGUUUAGGGGGGGACUAGAUUAUUGACAUUUCUAGUGGUUUCAAUGGGGAAAGUUGAUUUGGGAUACAAAUGAUAUGCAUUAUGAACAUUACACGCUAGUUGUAAUCGAAGUAGAGAGAGACUGGCGGGUGUUUUUUCCCCCCCUCAGCAGAUGGGCAGUAGUGUUUGUGUGGUAGUUGGCAAGGAUUGAGGGAUGGGGUUGGGCGGGGGACAGGGUGGGGGUGUCACAGUGGGCUCAGGGGAUGGAUGCGGGCAGACCGCAAUGGCGGCACAUGCUUGUCCAAUUGAAAUGAUGGAGGGACCGCCGGCCCGCCCGGCUUGACAUUCAUUGGAAAACACAGCAGCCCGCUUCUAUUCUCUGAGUCCACCUGCCCCCCACUGGCGGCAUUCACACGUCGGAUUGGCGGCCAAUUAGCAGCACGCACGAUG